AUGCUCUGCGAAAUCGAAUGCCGCGCUUUGAGCACGGCACACACGAGGCUCAUCCACGACUUUGAACCACGUGACGCAUUGACUUAUUUAGAAGGCAAAAACAUUUUCACAGAAGAUCAUUCUGAACUUAUCAGUAAAAUGUCAACUCGCCUCGAGAGGAUCGCCAAUUUUCUUCGAAUCUAUCGACGUCAAGCUUCUGAACUUGGACCACUCAUCGACUUUUUCAACUACAACAAUCAAAGUCACCUUGCUGAUUUCCUCGAAGACUACAUCGAUUUUGCGAUAAAUGAGCCAGAUCUACUUCGUCCAGUAGUGAUUGCUCCACAAUUUUCCCGACAAAUGCUCGAUAGGAAACUAUUGCUUGGGAAUGUUCCAAAACAAAUGACAUGCUAUAUUCGAGAGUAUCACGUGGAUCGAGUGAUCAAAAAGCUCGACGAGAUGUGUGAUUUAGACUCCUUUUUUCUGUUUCUACACGGCCGAGCUGGAUCCGGAAAAUCAGUAAUUGCAUCACAAGCUCUUUCGAAAUCUGACCAACUUAUUGGAAUAAAUUAUGAUUCAAUCGUUUGGCUCAAAGAUAGUGGAACAGCUCCAAAAUCUACAUUCGAUUUAUUUACGGAUAUUUUGCUGAUGCUAAAAAGCGAAGACGAUCUUCUCAAUUUCCCAUCGGUGGAGCAUGUCACGUCAGUUGUACUCAAAAGGAUGAUCUGCAACGCACUCAUUGAUCGUCCAAAUACUUUAUUCGUAUUUGAUGACGUAGUUCAAGAAGAAACAAUUCGUUGGGCUCAGGAGCUACGUCUUCGAUGUCUUGUAACUACUCGUGACGUGGAAAUAUCAAAUGCUGCUUCUCAAACAUGCGAAUUCAUUGAAGUGACAUCAUUGGAAAUCGAUGAAUGUUAUGAUUUUCUAGAAGCUUAUGGAAUGCCGAUGCCUGUUGGAGAAAAAGAAGAAGAUGUGCUUAAUAAAACAAUCGAACUAAGCAGUGGAAAUCCAGCAACGCUUAUGAUGUUUUUCAAGUCUUGUGAACCGAAAACAUUUGAAAAAAUGGCACAGCUUAAUAACAAAUUGGAAAGUCGAGGAUUAGUCGGUGUUGAAUGUAUCACCCCUUACUCGUACAAGUCACUCGCAAUGGCUCUUCAAAGAUGUGUUGAAGUUUUGUCAGAUGAGGAUCGAAGUGCUCUUGCUUUCGCAGUUGUGAUGCCUCCUGGAGUUGAUAUACCCGUCAAGCUAUGGUCAUGUGUUAUUCCAGUUGAUAUUUGUUCAAAUGAAGAAGAACAAUUGGAUGAUGAAGUUGCGGAUCGGUUGAAAAGACUCAGCAAACGUGGAGCUCUUCUCAGUGGAAAACGAAUGCCCGUUUUGACAUUCAAAAUUGAUCAUAUUAUCCAUAUGUUCUUGAAACACGUCGUUGAUGCACAAACUAUCGCCAAUGGAAUCUCAAUUCUCGAGCAGCGUCUUCUUGAAAUAGGAAACAAUAAUGUAUCAGUACCGGAGCGACAUAUACCAUCACAUUUCCAAAAAUUCCGUCGUUCAUCAGCCAGUGAGAUGUAUCCAAAAACUACAGAAGAAACUGUGAUCCGUCCUGAAGACUUCCCAAAGUUCAUGCAAUUGCACCAGAAAUUCUAUGACUCCCUCAAAAAUUUUGCAUGCUGUUAAAACCUAUCGUGUACAAUAUUGCCUGUAUAUUCCCCUCGAAAUACGUUUAUACUUUUUCGCACGAGUUUUCUCAUUUUUUCAUUUGUACUUGUUUUAUUUCUCUCCAAAAUUUCAGAUCUAUCCCAAAUGUUCUUAAAUUUAAUGUUUUCUACAGAUACUCAACACAUCUUGUUUCAUCUCAUCCUUGCUUUUUUUUUUCAAAUAUAUUCAGUUU